UUUUGUGCACUAAAUAAAAAGUAGGCAACACCUUGAGGCCAAAGUGUAUCCAUUGUCCAUCCCUCUGACUAGGACACUUACAACCAAACGAAUUUAGCCUCUUUAUAUAUAGAUGUAUUUUUAUCCUCUCUGUCUUGUCUACAGAGGAACUAAAGUGAAUUGAGUCAGAAAAAAGAAAGAGGGUAACAUGGAUGCUUGUUUUCUUACCUCAAGAUCAAUCUCUGGUGUUAAAGAUAUUGUCCCGUUCACCAAAGCCAGAAUCUAUUCUUGCCCCAAGAGAAGCUCCGGCAAGUUCCUCACCAGGAAGGUUGCUGCUCCCAUCUCUGUAAAAUGUUCUGUUUCGGAUUCAUGGAAGCCAUUGGAGAGUGAUACUGAUCUCAUCAAGGAUUGUGUCAACAAAUCUAAAGCAGAUGCUGACUGGAAAGAGUUCAGAGCGAGGCUCGUGGCUGGGGAGCAAGCUGCAACCUCCGACAUGGUGGUGGACUGUUCAUCAUCAACGUCCUCACGGAUCACUCUUGGAGACAAAUGGGCACACAAGAUCAGCGAGCCAGAGCCAGGAUGUCUCCUAGUUGCCACUGAGAAGCUAGACGGAGUCCAUAUCUAUGAAAAGACUGUGGUUCUUAUCCUCUCUGUUGGACCCUCAGAUACUAUAGGAGUCAUCCUCAACCGUCCAUCGCUGAUGUCAAUCAAAGGGACAAAGUCAACUGUCUUAGACAAGGCGGGAACGUUUUCAGACAAGAGACUCUUCUUUGGUGGACCUUUGGAAGAAAGGUUGUUCUUGGUGAGUCCAAGAAACGGCGAAGACAACGAGGUUGAGAAGAGUGGGGUGUUCAGACAAGUCAUGAAAGGAUUGUACUCAGUCCCGGCUUUGACUAUGGCAAGUGGGGCAAUGGCCCUGGGCCCAAGGGUCAAAAAAAAAUUUAAUGUAAUUUGACUAAUUGUAAAGGUUCAUUU